AUGGCGAUGCCUGCACCAGAAGGAGUUGCAGGAGGAUCCCUUCAGGCCCUGAUAGGGAACCUGUCGGCAGCAGCGCAAGCUUUGGCUAGUGCUGCAGGUACAGGAAGUACAAGGAGUUACGACUCUGCAGCUAAGCUGGUGAAGAGUCCGGAUGUGUUCGCUCCAAAGAGUUUGGAGGAGGAAGUUUCACAGUGGCCCGAUUGGAGUUUCAGCUUCAAAGUGUUUGUGGGCUUCAUUGACCCCACCUAUGCAGAAGAGUUGAAGAAAGUGGAGCUGGCACCACCAAAGCCAGCAGAGUAUACAGUUGGUGAAAGAGAAAGAAGUACAAAGCUGUAUGCGAUCUUGGCCUCGUAUCUUCGGAACAGGCCAUUGAAGUUAUUGAAGUCAGAAGGAAGUCCAGAUGGAUAUUCUGUAUGGAGGAGACUGUUUGAAGAGUUGGAGCCGUCAAGCCGGACAAGAGGGCUGGCAAUGGCUCAAGCUCUAGUGAGCUUUUCCCAGAUGACGAAGGGGACUUCUAUCUUAGACUAUCUGCUUACCUACGAAAAACUGGUUGCGGAAUACGAAAAACUGUCCGAAGGAAAACCCUACGAUGAGAAUUUGAAAAUCGGAACAGUACUCAAAGGUUUGCCAAAUGAGUUGAGGAAGCAUAUUCUGAUAGGAUUGACCCCUACGACGAAGUACGCAGACAUCAGGAAGAAGUUGCUUGAGUAUGAAAGAAGUACCCAAUCGUGGAAUGCGGAGAACAUUUUGCAGUCUUUCAACAUGGAAAGCGCAACGAAGAAUACACCCUACAAUGGGCCACAACCAGUGGACAUUGAUCGAGUAGAAGAGGAAGGAACCCAUCAAGGAGAUCACGAGAAGAGUUCCUCUAGCAACGCCCCUGCUACAAAGAAUGAGACUGGUCAAGUUAGACAGAUCACAGCAGAAGCGGCGCGACAAGCAAGACGAGUAGAGAUGACAGAAGAUGAGGAUGAAGAGCUCAACUUUGUGAGAUUGUGUCAGGAGUUUGAAGAGCUAGUGGAAGGAGAAUUGAGAAGAGUUGAGGAGUUUGAUAUCUCUUCGAAUGAUGAGGAAGAAGAAAGUGAGGAGGAACCAACAGAUGGUUUGAUGGAGUGGUACCAAGGGUGGAUGUGCAUCAGAAGACUUGAAGAAGAGGAAAUGAAAGUGCAGCCGGUGAGGCUGGAAAGAGAAUUGAAAAACGAGCUGAAGAGCAAAGAAGAUGAAGAUGGAUGGUUUGUGCUGAAUGAUGGCACACCUGCAAGGUUUGAUUGGUACAUGGGGAAGACGUUUGACCCAACAGGUCAGUUCCCCAACAGGCUCUACGAAGGAGAAGGAGAUGAAGGAGAUUAUUUUCCUUAUCGAACAACCUUGCUAGGAAAGCUGAAAAGAAGUGGAGAAAGAGUGUUGAAUGAAGUGGGUUGGAAGAGUAUGGAUUUCUUUGAGUGUACGGAGAUCUGGAAGGAUCGCGAAAGAGUUCAGCUUGGGGCUAGUCCUCAAGACAGGUUUGAGGUGAUGGUCACCUUGUUGGAAAAAGGGAUGAAGGAACCGAGUGACUAUGGGUUGCUCACGAAUUUGGAAGAGUUAGAGAGAGAGCUGGCACAAGAAGGAGUGCCGAUGGAGGUCACGGGAACCUCCACGAGUUCGAAAGAGAAGGAAGGAAGAGAACCAAUGGACGACGAAAGCGAUGAUGAUGACGACGAUCCAGGAGAAGUGAGAACUAAGAGAAAAGCGGAAGAUGAAUUGGUGCCCGAUGAGAUGACGCUAGAAGAGUUUCAAAGAGAGGUUGCAAAAAGAAAUGCAGAAGAGGAAGGAGAAGGGUCACCAAAGAAAGGACCAAGAGUAGACGAAGGAACUGGAGAGGUAGAAGAAAGAGUUGAAAAAGUGCCAAGACUUGGAGAUGAGGCACGAGGAAGUGCGGCGCGAGUUGAAUACCACAUUCGGAGAUUCGCCAAGAGCGAGGAUCCCGAAGAGCAUGGAGAUGAGUAUGUGGAUCUCGACGAGACACAGCUGUUUCUUGAAGAAAGUCGAGAGUUCCAGAGCAAGUGGAACGAGAAAGUGUGUGAGACAGAAGAGGACCUAACGGACUACACUGAAUUCUUUCCGGAGGCGAUGAACCUUGGCAACACUCGACUCACGGAAGUGAGGUCUCUUUCCUUCCCAGUUGAGGAGGUUUGCGACGAACAUGGUCAAUCUAGAAGGCGGGGGCAACUCUGGAUAGGAAGUAUUUAUCUUAUGUCCAAUGAACAUUCCCGCGCAUCUGCACUUGCUGCUGUCAAGAAAGUGCGGGACAAGACGAAAGCCAAGAAAGCUGCUAGAGAGCAAGCCUUUUAUGACGUUAAUCAGCUUGACGAGGGCAAAGGUUGCAUGACUGCCCCUACGAAGCAAGUCACAUAUGAUAUGAGUUCGUUCGUGCAACAAGCAAUAGACCGCUACAAAAAGCUAGCGGGGCCUGAAUUCCGCAAUCUCAACAAGGCCGCGACUCCGUUCUAUGAUGACAAGAUUGCACGCCCGGUGGAAGCUGAGGCAGAAAUCAAAGGCAAGCUCGCUCCCAUUGCGAGCCGUGUUAAACUUUUGUUUGCAGCUCGAAUGGCCCGUUUUGACUUGUUGAGAGCCGUCCAAG